UUUUAUUUUGUUAAUGUUUGUGGCUUCCGGUCGGUGCUGUCCGUGGCAGGUGUUUAAAAAACGUGGAGGGAAAGUUUUCACGGAGGAGAGGACAUGUAGCGACACGUAGCUCGGUCGCUCUUUAGCGUGGUUUAUUUGACAAACUGUCGCAGUCAGGUCUGUAUGACGUGUGGCAGACUUGUCGUGAUGCACCAGUCCGACGGGGCCGAAGAAGAGCGUCGCCAGCCGCUGGUCUUCUUCGACCUGGAGACGACGGGACUGGGUCAGAGUUGUGACAUCAUCCAGCUGGCCGCGGUGAGCGGAGGCCACUCGCUCAACCUCUACGUCAUCCCUCGGUGUCGAAUGCAGCGGGGAGCAGCCAGAGUGACGGGCUUCAGGGUCCGCAGGCAGAAGCUGUACCUCCACCGCCAGCUUGUCCUCACCAACUCCCUGCGAGAAGUCCUGGUCUCCUUCAUCGCUUUCCUUCAAAUGCUCGGACGGCCACUCGUCAUUGGCCACAACUCUCGUCGCUUCGACUGCCGCCUGCUGGCUCGAGCUCUCGACGAACUGGACCUCAGGGCGGAGUUUGAGUCGUCGAUCUCGGGCUGCGUCGACACUCUGCCGCUGGCCCGUGAGAUGCUGAAGAGCCGCUGCCUCCAGAGUUUUCGGCAGGAGAGUCUGGUGAAGGAGCUGUUGGGUGUGGACUACAAGGCCCAUGAUGCUCUGGAGGAUGUGCGGGCGUUGCAGGCUCUCUAUAGUGUGCUUCAGCCCACACCAGAGUUGGUUUGGAGGCACAUUUUUACUCUGGACACCAUGGAGCGCAAGGCAGCAGUGACAGCUGCCAAAGCUAAAGUGCCCAGUGAGAUGUCAGGACAGCGCCCCCUGCUGGAGCUCUUCAGACAGACAGUGCGAGUAACGGAGAGCAAAGCAGAGGGCAAUGAUGACAAACUUAAAGGAUCAUAAAAUGUUAUAAAUUAUUAUCAGACUGAGUCUAAACAAAUUAAGUUCAUUGCCCAUGUUCUCCCAGUUCAAACAGUGCAGAACCCGCCAGCUUCCUCCAGAUGUUUAUGUUGGAACAUGAAAGAUCGUUCGGACCUUCUUCAAACGUGCUGAUCUUCUUUUGUGAGGCAAAAAGGAAAUAACAAGAAAACUCCAACAACAGUUUGUGAAAGCCUUUGAAAGGCAAGGGAAGAGGACAAACACGACACAUCCUCAUCCCUGUGCAGCACUUUCAUCUUAGCCUAACAUGGCCUUUAGUUCUGUUAGAUGGACAAAGCCAAUGAAAGAAGUGUUUCAAAUCAGUAUAAAAAAAAAUCGAUAUGCCAAAAACUUCCACUUUUAUUCGUUGUGGAAAUUGUGCUAAUUUGCCUUACAUACUGUACAUUAUUUAAUCUUUGAAAAGAAGGAUGUUUGUUCUGUUUUGAGGUGUUUUGAAGAAUUGUUUUAUUGGAGGUAAAUAAAUUUGCUAAUAAAUGUAUUUAUACACUGUC